UAUCAUACCAACCAGCUUGUUUGUUGUUUCGUUUUUCAAAGAAUGUCAACGUCUUAAAUUUGUCGUGUUAGUUUUUUCGACGGAAACCAUCAGCCAUUUCGGUUCAUCCCCUACUUGUGAACAAAGUGUUUUGAUCACACCUGCGGGUUAAUACCCUCCAUAAUCCAUAGGCUGAACAAAGUCCCCACCGGUCAUGAAUUGGAAUUGCAUCUGGCUAUAAACAGUUUCUGUUCUUUUAUAUUUUAUUACAAACUGGUUAUAAUACACUCUGUGACUUGUAGUAGACAAGCAAGUGAAGUUGACAAGCAAACUGACAGAAAAUAUCACAUUUUUUUCAACAUAGAUUAAAAAAAUCAACCAUGAAACCCGGAAAUACUUCGGCUAUUGAGAAGCCAGAGACUGAGAAUGAAAAAAUGAAGUUGUGGGCUGUAUUGGAGACGGACAUGCAGCGAUGGAACGUGUCUGUGUUUGAGACACAGAAGAUGCUGGCGGAGCUGGGCAAAGACAGGUUCCUGGAGGUCUACCAGAGCUUCAAGAUCUGUGACGUGGACGAGAGUGGAUCCAUCACAGUUGAGGAGUUCUACGAGGCCAUGUGCAAUCUGGGAUGCACUCCCAACAAACACAAGAUCACAAACAUGCUCAAGAAAGCCGACAAAAAUGGGAACUCGGAGGUUGAGUUUGGGGAGUACGUGUUUCUGUUCCGCAAGUAUGAACAGCAGAUGACGAGGGCCUUCAAUGACCUCAAAUACGCGUUCGAGAUAAUGGACGGGGACGGCAACGGCUAUGUCACCAUCGACGAACUCAAGGACGCUAUGGUUAAGUUUGGCCAGCCGAUGGCGGAAGCGGAGUUGGAGCGACUGGUGCAGACGGCCGACGCCAACAAGGACGGCAAAAUAGACUACGUCGAGUUCGCCCGACUUCUCCUGGAACAGAGCAGUUCCUCUAACUGCUCCAGAUAAAUCGAAGUAGUGACUCAUUCGGAUGUCAAUAGCCGGACAUCAAAUGAAUACAUUAUGAAUCACGAAGUCUAAUUUUAGAAUUCUAAUUGUCAAAUGUUUCAAUUUUUAUUCCCUGUUCGACUUGGAGUACCGUGUGCUUGAUGCACGGAACACAAAUCACUCAUGUUUUGUGUUUCCUUAUUAAUAAUUUAUAUCGCUGAUGAAACUUUAUGCAUCGAUGGUCUAUGCGCAUAAUUAUUGUCUUAGAAAAUUUUGCGUUUUUAAAAUUUUUUUUAGACGGACGAGAUAAUUUUUUGAAAUCUAAACGAAUAUCAUAUAGAACCUUAUUGA